AUGAUCACUGGUUGUUUAGGAAUCUCCGAGGGGAUAAGAUAUCUGAAUGGAAGCGACUCCAAUCCUCACUCACCACCAUCCGUUGGCCUUGGUAUUUCUCCUCCCGGUCGAUCUACAUCUCCCGGUUUCGACUCAAGUGCUGAGAAACCGAUCUGUCGUGUAUGUGGGGACAAGGCGUUCAGCUAUAAUUUCAACGUAAUCACCUGUGAAUCAUGUAAAGCAUUUUUUCGUCGAAAUGCCAAUAAGGAGCGAGAGAUUCGAUGUCCAUUCAAUGAGCAGUGCGAAAUUAACGUCGUUUCGCGACGGUUUUGCCAACGGUGUCGCUUGGCCAAGUGUUUCGAUGUUGGCAUGAAGAAGGAAUGGAUUAUGUCCGACGAGGCUCGCUUAGAGAAAAAGCAGCGUGUUGAAGAGAAUCGUGAGCGUCGUAUGGCAGAUGCGAUGGCACGAGCGGAAACCAUUGAUGACGAUGACACGCAAAAUGAUUCGGAUGUUGCGGAGCGAAUGCGUCAGCGUGCUGUGCAGACGCAAGAAAUCAAUCCGCAAUACGAUGUCAGCAAAAACGAGACAAGGCUUGAAGAAACGCAGCCAGUUAUCAGGCCACCUGAAGAUCUCUACAGUCUCAACCCACCUCCUGAACACGCUGCUGUCCCUAUUGUGGUGCCUCCAUUGUUGGAGGCUGGUUCAACUGCAGGUCUGGACGUCAGCUCUACAACGACGGCUGCUCCUACAAUGGAUGUCGAUCCAGCUACGACAAUGAGCAGUAGUGGUUUUAUACCUCCGGCUGUAGAAUCAGGUUUAUUGGUAAUGCCUGCAAGUAACCCUGUUGAUCCAUCGUUUAUGGCACAAGCUCAGCUAGCGGCAGCAGCUGCGGCACAAGUUCAAGUUCAAGCAGCAAUCAAUCAACAUCAGAUCGCCGCUGCUGUUGCUCAACAAGUAGCCGCUCACAUAGUCAAUGCCGCACCGGUUGCCGCACCCGUUCCAGCCCCGAUUGCACCUGCCUUGAAUCAGCCACCUAUCCUGGCGCCAGCACCGGCUACUUCACUUUUAUUAACGCCAUCGCUUAAUCCUAUCACUCCAAUGACGGACAUGGUAACCAUUCCUAGAGAGGUACUAGUGAAGCUUAUAGAAAACAAUCCACCUCGUGUCAAUUGUACGUGUCAGUGCACUUGUGGUCGAUAUCCACCCGGAUGUGCGAUCGUGGAUGAGGUUACAAAGGAUCUUUUGGCUGCAGGGAAUAACCUACAUGCAGAGACGUCCAGAGAGGAAGCGAAACUGGAAAGUACUGAAGAUUUCCAUAUGAAUGGAUUGCUGCCAUCAGAGGAAUCGAGCGUUCAGUGGCUUAACGCAUGUGCUCCUACCGUCGAUCCAAGUGCUGUAGUGGAUGAGAGACCCAGCGGACGGCGGGACUCAUUUUAUAUGAACUCAGGAAUGGUGGACACUAGAAUCAACUCAGUACCCGCACCAACUAAUUUGAACGGAUUAUCGCCAUCAGAUCACGUCACAAUUAAUGAAGUUCUAACGGCGAAUCACGCUUACAAGACUUGCCCAGACUCCUCUGAUCAGUCUCGGCAUGACGAUAUGGGACUUCAACAAAUAAACUUCACUGAUGGUUGUGUGCGACGUUUUGUUCGCAUGUUGAAACGCCUAUCGUGCUUCAGCCUCUUCUCGACUUAUGAUCGAUGCAUUUUGAUAAGAAAGUCAUGCAUACCGUAUAUGAUCAUUCACAACGCAAUAUCUUACGACCCUAAGGAUCCGAAAUUUCUUGGGCAAUCAUUAGAUGUGCGGUUAUCGGAUGUUUUACCUCACUGCAUCAGCAACGAGAAUGUGAUGUUGAUAUUUGGACUAUUGGUUGUGUUCGACGCGGAAACAAUUGGUUUACAGGACCGAGAUGGUGUUUCCAGACAGUUUUCGUUCUACAGCUCAUUGCUUCAAAGGCUUCUCUAUUCGUUGGGUGGUAACGACAGUGUACGAUCGUCAGCUGAUUAUCGCCAUCUAUUAGAUAGGUUGAAUGCUGUAGGAGAAGUAGCCAGUCACGCGGUCACAAUGUCGCAUGAACUCGACUCGACGGAUGUUGAACGUCUUCUUCAUGAAUUUCUUGAAUGA